GUCGCUUGUGCGCGUCUGCGCCGUGCAGUCCCGCUGGCUUGUGCGCGCCGUCGAUAACGGGUCCCCAAGGCCUUGGACCAGCUCUCGAGCUAUUACGGAGCUUCGCUCCCUGGGUGACAUCUGCUGGGUCCGCUUCGCUUCGCAUCUUCCGCCAUGGCUUCUUCUCCGCCGGGCUCACCAUCGCCAGCGCAUAAGCUUCAGCGUCCCCUGAGCGCGAUUGCUACUCGUCCUCAACCACGGAGCACCAGUCGGUUGAGUAUGAACAGCAAGCAAGGCGGCGAGAGCAGAGCCUCUGACGAGGACAACCGGACAGCUGUCCGCGUCGCUGUCCGAGUACGACCGCAAUUGAGACCGGAGGAUCCUGGAUAUGACUUGAUCCCGCAGCGCUUCCAGCGCCCUAUGGUGCACGUCACAUCCAACACGAGCCUGUCCAUCGAUUCCCCCCAGGGCCGCAAGCUUUUCGUUUUCGACCGUGUCUUUGGCCCAGAGGUCACGCAGAGUGGCAUCUGGGACUAUCUGUCCGACAGCAUCAACGCCUUUACUCAAGGAUACAAUGUUUCCCUUCUUGCCUAUGGCCAGUCUGGUGCUGGUAAAUCACAUACCAUGGGCACGUCGAGCCCCGACGCGCAGUCAAAUCCUGAAGACAUGGGUGUCAUUCCUCGAGCGGCAGCCGCCCUUUUCGAGCAUCUAGACGUUCAGAGAGGAGGAGCAAAUAAUAAUGGCAGCACGAUGAAGAGCGCGAGUAGCUUCAGGUCACCUCGUGGAUAUGGACAGCAGAAUAACCUGGGUGAUCGGAAUUGGGCGAUGACGGCCACGUACGUCGAAAUCUAUAACGAAACGCUCCGAGAUCUUUUGGUUGCAGACUCUACAGGGUUCAAUGACCGAACAUCAGUCGCAAUCCGCGAGGACGUAAAAGGCAACAUCAUCCUCACCGGCCUGCAUCAAGUCGACAUCACCUGCGUGGACGACAUUCUCAACGCCCUCGACUUUGGUUCCUCCAUUCGUCAGACCGAUGCUACUGCCAUCAACGCCAAAUCAUCCCGCUCCCACGCCGUCUUUUCGCUUAAUUUGGUUCAGCGGAAGAGCAAGUACUCGAAUUCCGAUAAGCGCCACUCGAUGCCUCUGGAGGCCAUGAGUGGCCAAGAUGUCUCCGUGACAACCGAUAGCAAGCUGCACUUUGUUGAUUUGGCCGGUAGUGAGAGACUGAAGAACACGGGUGCUCAGGGAGAGCGUGCCAAGGAAGGAAUAUCUAUCAAUGCCGGAUUGGCUGCGCUAGGGAAAGUCAUCAGUCAACUUUCAUCGCGAAACUCGGGCGCCCACGUCUCAUAUCGCGAUUCCAAGCUGACUCGACUCCUACAAGACUCACUCGGUGGCAACGCCAUCACCUACAUGAUUGCUUGCGUCACUCCGCCGGAAUUCCAUCUCAGCGAGACAUUAAACACUGUUCAGUAUGCCCAGCGAGCUCGCGCCAUCCAGUCAAAGCCUCGAAUUCAGCAGAUCGAGGAGGGAGAUAAGAAUGCCAUUAUUGAGCGACUAAAGGCCGAAGUAGCGUUUUUGCGCGAACAAAUACGUAGCGCCAACACUGGGCUUACCGAACAGCCGCGCAGUGCUAAUAGGUCCAGCGAGAGAUCGGAGAGACAGAAUGAACGGGAAUUGGAGCUUCAGAAUCAGCUUCUGGAUUCGCAAGAGAACUACAACACCUUGAGCCAACGCCAUGCUCACCUGAUUUCCGAAAUGGCCAAAGCCCAGGAGAGCGAGUCUGAGCACCAUCGCCAGCUUGAUGAACUCCAGGGCGAGAAUGCAACAGAUCGGCUGAAUCGGUCCAAUUCAUUUGCCAAGGCAGUUGAGCAAGUCGUUCUUGAAUAUGAAAAAACUAUCCAGACGCUCGAACAAUCCCUGUCAAGUACCCGAACUACCCUGUCGAACACGGAGACAAAUCUGCUUGAAAAGGAGACUAAGUGUGCCUACGUCGAGACCAUCAAUUCCCAGCUGCAGUCACGCCUUCAAAAGCUCACGGAUCGCGAAGCCCACACCGCAAACUACCUCCACGACUUGGAGACUAAGCUGGAUGGGCACACCAACGGCGAGGAAAAGAAUGCAACCAUUAUCGUUGAACUGCGCAAAGAAAUUUCCCGUAUUCGCGAGAAUGAAUCUGCGUCCGAGGACUACAUUUCCACACUGGAAGAACGACUUGCUGAAGCGGAUCAGGAUGCUGAGCUCAUGCAGCGAGAGAUUGAGCGUCUUGAGCAGGUCAUCGAGAGGCAGAGGAGCUUGGGAAAAUUGGAUGCUCUUCUUCACGAACUUGACCAUGUCGAUGAGUCUAAAACAAGCGACUUUGAAGGUGGAACAAACGAUGAGACGGCAGAGCGCCAAAGCAAUCAAUCUGUGGAUUCCAAGGCUCAGGGAUACGAUGACGACGAAAAUGCGACACCAACACUCGCGCCUGUUGUGGAAAACGAUGAAGAUGCCGCCAAUGCUGCGAAACCGGUAUCCAAGGCGGCCGAAGAGCAGUCUAAUGGUGAUGUUGCCCAAAAUCAGGCUACCGCCCAGACCAAGUUCGUCUCUGAUAAGCUGGAAUUGGUGACUCGUGAGCUUUUUGACCUCCGAACUGAGCACGAGAGCACCGUCCAUGACUACGGUAGGCUGCAUGCCAAGUACGAAGAAGCCAUGAAGAAGCUCUCAGAGCUUCAGGAUACCAUUGACGAGGCUCGCUACCCUAGCCGUGCACGUCAUUCCAUCAUUUCCGUAGAUGCCGCCACUGAAACCCGCCCCGAAUCAUUCCAGUCUGCAGCGACAAGCGACGUCAAAGAUGACGUUCGCUCUUCGGUCCCUCGGUCCCUGUCGUCCGAGCUCUCUUCUGUUAUUGACUCGCCUAUCACUGCAGAUACCACCCAUAUGGAUCUUGAAUCCGAAGACGACACUGCUACUGCCAAACCCGCGACAUCUGUUGAGGAUCUUACACGGGAAUUGGUCGAGCAUGUUGAGCUGCAUGAGCAGGACGAAUUGAAGGAGAAGCAUGAGCACGUGGAGCAUGUUGAGCUAGCUGAACCCAUUGAGCAGCAAGAAGUUGAGCACUACGAUGUUGAGCCACGAGAAUUUGAGCAGCAAGAGGUUGAGCAGCAAGAGGUUGAGCAACAAGAGGUUGAGCAGCAAGAGGUCGAGCAGCACGCUGAACAAGUGGAAGUCGAGCCGGUUAAGGCGGUUGAGCAAAAUGCCAAGUCUGAGCAGAACGAGCACAGUGAACAGAAUGAGCGUCUUAUUGCGGAGCUUGAGAGACUCAGGGUCUUGGCGGAAGAAAAAGAAACUGCCGAACAGGAACUCGCUCUGAAAUACGCCCAACUUGAGCUGAAGCACCAUGAAACGCUUGACAUGGUUGAAGAGCUCAAGACGGAAGUCUCCAAAGCUAGAACUGUCGAAGCUGGUCCUCGCGUUAUUCGCCGCAAGUCGAGCCAAAAUCUUCUAGGCGUGGAUCGCGCACAGCGAUCUUUCGCCUCCCUGAGGAAUCUUGCUGCCGAAAACUUCGAAGGAAAGCCCGAAACCAUGCAGUCAUUCGAAUUGAGUCUCAACUCAGCUAUCCAUGAACUUCAGUCUCGAAGCGAGCGAAUCCAAGAGCUCGAAUCAGACGUUGCAGCAGCUAAGAAAGAAAUGGAGAGCAAAAUGGCCAUCAUCUCAGGCUUAGCGCGUGAACGCUCCAGCUUGAAGGCUUCCCCCGUAGAUAUGUCAAUGGUUGCUACUCUACGUGGCCAACUUGAGCAGAGUGAGAGGCAGCUGUCUGAUCUGCGUUCGGCGCACGCUGCCCGCGAACGUGACCUCACAAGCGAAGUCGAGAUCCUCCGCAAAUCAGUAGCAUCCACACCUACCAGAGAGUUCACGCCAAGUGACGAAGAAGAGACUGAUAUUCCUUACAACGAAAGAGUCUCUACGCUGCAGGCGGAGCUGGCUGGCUGGGAAAACAAGCACCACAAUGCUUUGGUAUCUAUGCGAAGCACAGAGAGGGAGAUGCAAGAGACAAUUCAGCAGUUGGAGGCUCAGGUUGAGGCUGCCAACGCCCAGCUAGCCGAAUCACAAUCUCUUGUUGCAGCUGGAAGAGAUGCCGAGGAAGCCAAGAAGGAGGUUCGCAAGCAGCAAGACCUCAUCGAGUUCCUACGCGGAGAGAUUGACGAGUACAAGGCCGUCAUCAGCAGUAACGCUACCAAGGUAACUGAGCUCGAGGCUCUCCAUCGCUCUGCCCGGGCAGCAAUGGAUGAUAUGUCCAAGAUGCACAGUGAGGUCACUGCGGAGACGACCGCUCGGCACCAAGAACUGUCUACUAAGCUAGAACAGUUGAUUGCUAGCCACGAGGAUGCCACAAAGGCACACCAAGAAGAAAUGGAGGCUCUGAAGGAUCGAGAGAUCAACUGACAAACGUUGCCACCCAGAUCGCUGCUGUCUUUGGUGCAGAGUUGCCCUUGGAGAAGUUAGGCGAGCGGAUUAGGGCUCUUGUCGCUGACCAAAAGUCUCUCGAAGCGGAGCGAAAGAAGAUGGGAGAGCUCACGUCCCAUGUGACGGAGCUUUCUACCAUUAACGAUUCCCUUGUUCGGGAUCUAGAGGGCGUGAAGACUAUUAUUGCGGGCAUGUUACCUGGUAACGCAGAGGCCACAUCUGGUCCCCUAACGGAUCAGCUC